AUGGGGCAGUGCAGCAGUUCCACGGAGGAUGGGCAACAGGAGAAGCAGCAGCAGCAGCAGACCAGCAGCAGAGACGCGGGAGAGGAGAUAGAGACCUUCUGGCUGCUGCUGCUGGACGCUUUGCUUCUGCUGCAGCGCAACGGCUGGCCCUGCCCUCCUUGCUGCACAAGAAACUACAGCAGCAGCAGCAGCAGCAGCAGCAGCAGCAGUAGCAGCAGCAGCGGCUGCCCAUUCGACGCCUGGCUGCUGCAGCUGCAGCAAGGAAGCAGCAGCAGCAGCACAGCUAGGGAUUUGCAGCAGUUGGCAAGCAGCUUUGCUGGAGCUGAUGCUGCAGCAACAGCCCCCGCAGCAGCAGCAGCAGCAGCAGCAGCACAAGAAGCGCAUAUGCCGCAGCACUUGACUGUGCUCUCGCAGCAGCAGCUGCAGCUGUUGCUGCUGCCGCUGCUGCGGGCUCUUAUUGACUGUGGUGGCUGCUUGGGGCUUCCUCUAAUAAGCCCAGCUACUGCAGCGCAGCAGCAGCAGCAGCAGAUGCAGCAGCAGCUGCAGCAGCAGCAGCAGCGAAGCUUCUUUGAGGCCCCUGCCAACAGCAGCCUCCUGCUCUGUCUCAGCGACAGUUUCAGCAGCAGCAGCACGCAGGAAUCAGCAGCAGCAAGACCGCUGCUGCAGCAGCGGCAGCAGCAGCUGCUGCUGCAGCAGGCCCCACUUGACUGUGGACGCCCUUUUUCUCCUGCAGCAGCAGUGCUUGGGGCUUCCUCUAAUAAGCCCAGCUACUGCAGCGCAGCAGCAGCAGCAGCAGAUGCAGCAGCAGCAGCAGCAGCAGCGAAGCUUCUUCCCCUGCCAACAGCAGCCUCCUGCUCUGUCUCAGCGACAGUUUCAGCAGCAGCAGCACGCAGGAAUCAGCAGCAGCAAGACCGCUGCUGCAGCAGCGGCAGCAGCAGCUGCUGCUGCAGCAGGCCCCACUUGACUGUGGACGCCCUUUUUCUCCUGCAGCAGCAGCAGCAGCAGCACCAGCACGAGCCGGAUUGUACGAUGACCAUUUUGGCUCUGCUGCACGGCUUCACAAUGGGCAGCAGCAGCAGCAGCAGCAGCAGCAACAGCAGUGGCAGUAGCAGCAGCAGCAGCUUAGCUGCAGCAUCGCAGCAGCAGCUGCAGCAGCUUCUGUCUCUCUGCAGCAGCAAAACUCCUCCCCACUUGCUGCCUCUUGCUUUGUGUCUCUCUUCCUUCCCCUUUAUUUCUUCUGCUCAAACGGGGGCCCCUGGGGGGCCCCCAGGGGCCCCCAGGGGGGCCCCCCAGGGGCCCCCUGGGGGCCCCCGGGGGCCCCCUGGGGGCCCCCAGGGGCCCCCUGGGGGUAGGUUUUCUAAACCCUAA